AUGUCCUCAUCUUCCUCAUCAUCCUCAUCACUAUCAAAUGCCUCAUCACUGAACCCACCAACCGGCGGCAACUCACCCAACAUAAGUGUUUCUCCAGAUGGUGGAGCUCAAAGAUUCUUCAGUCAAGGAAAGCGGAUUCCGAAAGAUGUCAAACGCCACUGUGGAAUGUGCAAACAACACGGAGUUAUUGUGGAGACUCGUGGUCACACUUGCGAGUACAAAAACUGCAGCUGCGAGCACUGUGAGCUGGUUCGCAAGCGUCGCGAGAUCAUGUCGACCCAGAUUCGUCUCCGUCGUGAGCAAGACAAAAAGUUUCAACGCACCACAGACAUCAACGAAGCGAAUGUGUUCCCAACAUUCACUGGUAAGGAACCAGAAGAGAAACCGUCGAUUGAGAACAUGAACAUGUGUUAUUUCUGUCAAAAAUGCAAAAAUCACAACGUUCUUGUAUGGAAGAAGAAUCACAAAAAGGAGUGCCAAUACAAGGAUUGCGACUGUGAACAGUGCAAUCUCAUCGACUCCCGUCGCGCAUUGGAUCGUCAUAUCAAGAAGAGAAAGAUGAAUAUGAAGGAGAACGGAGUGGGAGCCACAGCCCCGAAGAGUCCAAAGAAAGAUCACGAGAGCUCUGCGUCCAACUCGACAUCAUCCACUUCUCUUUCAUCAUCCGGUUGCAAUUCAGACGAGUCCACUUCAUCAGACUGCUCACUGUCUGGUUUAUUGUCAGAGAAGUUGAAAAUGGCGCCACAAGUACAAGUGAAGUUUGAUUUCUCAACUGGAGGAUUCAUCGCUCCCUCGGCUACUGUAGCUACAAGCCCAUCGGGAUCUCCAUUUGAGGUGAAAUUUGAGACACCAUCACCAAUGCCACUGAUCUCUCUUCCACACUCACCGGCCCCAAUUGCUCUUCCACAAGUUUCUCUUCCAUCAACCACAAUUCCUCUUCCAUUUCUUACUGUACCAUCUCUUAUAUCCACAGCCGCUCCAUCAUUCUUCGCAUCCCCGUUAAUGUAUGGUGCUGCUUCCAAUAUUUUCACAAAUCCAUUCUUAAUGCCAAUGACUCCAAUCGACAUGCAAAUGCUUUUCCAGAAUAUUCGAAAUCUUCGGGAGAUGACUGCAGCAAUGACCAUGACUGACACUGAUUGA